CCAAACGCUGUGUGAAUGAAUAUUUUAAACCUAUAUAUAUCAAGUUUAUCCAUGUGUAUGUGAACAUCCAACUGUUAUCAUGCAAAUCUGUUGACCAACUGCUGUAUAAAACUAAAAUCCUUGAUACCAUAAAUCCAACGACACUUCCAAAGAAAAAACAAACAGUGCUUUUCUGUAAUCUGCAUCCCGGAAUUAAACCAUGGCAUCCAAUGACUCCGCUAUUCCUCCACAUGCCCAUGCCGCCGUUAGCAUGGAGGUACCACUAAAGUCGUCAGCACCACCACCGGAGUAUAGUGCUACAAGAGGCGCAGGUGGAUCCAAGAAGCAUUCAGUAGUUGAUGUGUUCUUCAGGGUCGUGCUUUUUGCAACUACCGUGGCUGCUAUCGUUCUUCUGGUCAUUUCUAAUCAAACUGAGCUUAUUCCGAUUGCACCCGGAAUAGCAAUAUCCAGGACUGGAAAAUUCAGUCACUCCCCAGCUCAUAUAAACCUUUUGGCAACGCUCUCCACGGCUGCUUUAUACAGCAUCAUCACUGGUUUAAUAUCAGUUUUCGCACUCAGGAAGCCAGGAGGAUCCUCAACGAAGCUAAAGUUUCAUUUUGUGAUAGUCGAUUCACUGCUAUUAGGUAUUAUGGCUGCAGCAACAGGAGCAUCAGGAGGUGUAUCAUACGUAGGACUCAAAGGUAACUCUCAUAGCAGAUGGAACGAGAUCUGUGACACGUACGAUACUUACUGCAUCCGUGUUGGGGCCUCUAUUGCUUUGUCGCUCGCAUCCUCCGUAACACUUCUACUGUUGGUUUGGAUCAAUGUCUAUGCACUUUCCAAGAAAAUCGCCAGGCGAUAGUUUACUACAAUAUCAAAAAUAUUUCAUAUGUACAAGUUUCAUGUUAUUCAUCUUUUGUAGUGUAAAUUUGUCUGUACAUGUUUUACUCCGUGCCAGUUUUGUUUUGUGUUUGUAAUAUUUGUGAUUGAUAAAGAUUGCAUUUUAGUUAUUGUUGAUUUUGUUAUAUUUUAAAGCAUUAGGGGUCCUACAUAUGUUGAAAGAGAAAGAUAAAUCUUAGCAUUCCAUCUUUCGUCGUUCCACGACUUUCGAGCAUUUGAUCUUUUUGACUUUAGAAUAUAUAAUUUAUGGAUUCAGAAAAUUUUGUAAGUGCUUUAUGACGUGAACGCAAGCAUUUAUGUUUAAAGAGUAUUACAUAAAAAA